AUGAAGUAUGAUUUAGUUGUUAUCUCAGGUACAAGUCCUGAUAGUAGACCUUGCGUCGCUCUUACUUUCUUAGAUGCAGUUUACUUAUUCAAUUGCCCAGAUCAAACUCAGAGAAUAUUCAGAGAAAACAAAAUUAGAUUUGCAAAAUUAGAUACAAUCUUCAUGACAUCUCUCCAUAGCCAUUCUCUUGGUGGUUUUCAUGGCCUUCUCAUUACAGUUAUGGACAAUAAACAGAAAAAUGUUCAGAUUUGUGCCCCUACAGGAAUUGAAUCCGUCCUUGAAUCGUAUCGCAAUCUUCAUACCAACGAAAACAUCAAACCAAAUGUUGUAGAAAGCGUUUCAGAUAAAAAUAUACAAGCAAAAACCAUUCCUUUACAUUUAACAAACGCAUAUGAUGUCCAACUUUGCGAAGUUCCGGGCAAAUUCCUAAUCCAAAAGGCUAAAGAGCUUCAAAUACCACCAGGACCAGUCUACAGGAAGCUUCAAGACGGAGAAACGAUUACUUUAGAUGAUGGCAGAGUUAUUCAGCCAGAAAUGGUUGUUGGCCCUCCAACACCUGGUGAACACAUCUUAUUUGUUGAUUGCAGAUGCGAAGAAGACAUAGAUAUGCUUCCAGACUGCAAAAACUACGAUUUUGUAAUUCAUUUUACAAAUCUCGACAUUUUAAGAACGGAAAAGUACCUUUCCAAGUUCUCUCCUGACCAAAGAGCCCUUAUAUUCACAGAAACAGGCCAUAUUACCUUCCCAUCCGUUGCUAAUCUCUACCAAAACAUUUUGGAAAUUUCAGAUUUGUUCAAACCUCUUGUUCAUUACGAAACCGACAAAUCUCUGAAUUUAGGAAAGAAUUUCGUGAUUGCCGAGCAAGGCCUGGAGUUCGCCUUUUGUCCAGUUGAAAAGAAAAAGUUCAAUUUUCCGAAAUACGACGUAAAACUCCAAAAAGUUCCAAAAAUUGAACUUCCAAAAAUCCAAAGUUUCGGAAUCACUUUCACAGGCACUGGCAGUACUUAUCCGAGCAAGUAUCGCAAUGUUGCAGGCAUCUUGUUGCAUACUACAGACGGAUACAUUGUUUUUGACGCAGGAGAAGGAUUCGUUGGCCAAAUAAUGAGAAAAUUUGGAAUCGAAAAUUGCAAAGAAAUUUUAAAGAAAUUGAUAGCGAUUUUCAUAUCCCAUAACCACGGAGAUCAUGUAUUUGGAUGCUACGAACUCCUACAAACAAGAAGUCUCGUGACAGACGAAGAUGUUCCAAUAUUUUGCCCCGACCAAUUAAGAGACCAUUUGUUAAAUUUACAAAAAGUGUCAAGAUUUGGAAAUUUACAUUUCCAUUUACUUUCUAGAGAGGAAUUGACGUUUUCCACUGGAUCAACAACACUUGAGUUCAUCCCUGUUAUUCAUUGCAAAGGAUCUCAUGCUGUUGUUGCGAAUAUUUCUGGUGGAUACAGAGUUGUUUAUUCCGGAGACAAAAGUUUCUCGGAAGAAUUCGCGAAAAAGGUCGGAAAAUGCGAUUUGUUGAUACACGAAUCUACAUUCUCUGAUGACCUUGUUGAUGAGGCAACUGCGAAGAGACACUCAACAAUGGGACAAGCAAUAGAAACAGGAAAACUUUGCAAUGCAAAAUACAUUGUUUUGACUCAUUUUUCACAGAGAUACCCGAAGUUGCCUGUUUUCGAGGGUUCUGGCCACAUCGCGUUCGCGUUCGACUACCUCUCUUUCGUGUUCGAGGAUAUACAAAAGCUUUGUGAAGUAUGUCCGAAGAUUUUCCAGAUGAUUUCAGAUCUCGAAGCCGCUGAAGAAGAAGCAAAGAAUUAG